AUGUUUGAUUUUGGAUAUGUCGCCUUAGACAUCCUCUAUGCAUCCCCGGAAGAUUCGGGCUUGUACACAUUAAUUGCAAGAAACGAACUGGGCGAGGUGCAGUCAAAUCUCGAGCUCAUUGUUAAUUCUGACAAGACCUUGUACCUGGAUGCCCAUCACCCAGAAGGUUUGUCGUCAUCCACCUUUUUUUUUUGUAAAAACUAA